UAGCGGAAAAGCUUUCUUCAAGUUCACAGCCGCGGCUUGUUAUUGUGUUUAUUAUUGUUUAUUAUUGUUUAUUAGUGUUUAUUAUUGUUAAUUAUUGUUUAUUAGUGAUCAUUAGUGAUCAGUGCUCUGUAUAUAUCUUACAGCAGUUCCAUGUUAGUGUGCUUUACUGUGUGGAUUAUCAUUAAAGCAGGUGUUCAGUCCUAAACACAGAAUGGCACAGUGGGAGCGUCUGAAGCAGCUUGACUCGGUGUGUUUGCAAAGGUUAGAUGAGCUGUACCACAGUGAUGCUCUGCCUAUGGCUGUGAGAGAGUAUCUCGCUCAUUGGAUAGAAGAGCAGGACUGGGAAGGGGCUUCACGGGACUCCUCCCGGGCCGUGGUCCUGUUCCAGAUCCUGUUGGAGAACCUGGAAAAUCAGUACAGCCGCUUUGUGCAGGAAAGUAACUUCCUCAUGCACCGUCAUUUCCGUCACUUCAAACAGCAGUUUCAGAGGUACCAGGAAGAUCCGUGCAGGUUGGCUGAAAACAUUAACUGGUUCCUGAUGAAAGAGCGAGAGAUUCUGGAGGCUGCAGAGCUGGCACACCAAGUGCAGAUGCUGCAGGUUCAUCAGAACCCCAUGGAGUCAGAAACUCAGAAAAACCUCGAGAAGAGCAUCCAAGAUUUUAAGAAGAAAGUUCAGGCCAUGGAGCACUCGCUGAGGUGUUUGGAGGAGCAGCAGGAUGAGUUUGACUUCAAAUAUCAGACACACAAGAUGGAUGGAACGACAGAUGAAGUGGAGAAAAAUGAGCAGAUAAAAGUGCUUUCUGCGAUGCUCAACAGACUGCACGGUUCUAGGAAGUCAUUUCUCUCGGAGAUGGCAUCUCUGCUGGAAAGAGCUCAUCACCUCCAGGAAAUCCUGUUUGAGGAGCUGGAGGACUGGAAACGCAGGCAGCAGGUCUCCUGCAUCGGGGCUCCGGAAGACACCAGUCUGGAACCUCUGGAGAAGUGGUUCACUACGGUGGGGGACGGAAUGUUCCAGCUGCGUAAGUUCCUGCAGAAACUGGAAGAGCUUCAGGGCAAGUUGAGUUAUGAUCAAGAUCCCAUCAAGACCCAAAAAUCUGGCCUACAGGAACAAGUGGACACGUUGCUCACCCUUCUGCUGCAGAGCGCUUUCGUGGUGGAGUCGCAGCCCUCUAUGCCUCUGGCCCAUGCCUCAGGUCGAGGUCCUCUGGUCCUGCGCACAGGCGUUCAGUUCUCAGUUAAAACCAGGUUUCUCUUUAAGGUUCCUGAACUGAACCACGCCAUGAAAGUGGUCGUGUCCAUUAACAUGGACACCCCAAGUGUUAAAGGAUAUCGCAGGUUUAACGUUCUGGGGACGUCGAGUAAAGCUUUAAACAUGUCCGAGAGCAUGAACGGUGGGAUGGUGGCAGAUUUCAGACAUUUGUCAUUGAAAGAGCGGAAGGUCGGAUCAGGAGGGAAGAGUAACAGUGACCUGUCUCUCAGCGUGACCGAGGAGCUCCACACCAUAUACUUUGAGACACACUUUAACCUGCACGGCCUGUCUGUUCCUCUGAAGACCUCCUCACUGCCUGUGGUGGUGAUCUCCAACUCCAGCCAGCAGCAGAGUGCCUGGGCUUCAGUACUGUGGUUCAACAUGCUGUCUACUGACCCCAAGAACCUGGUGUUCUUUGCGAGUUCUCCCGUAGCGACCUGGUCUCAGCUGGGGCAGAUGUUGAGCUGGCAGUUCCAGUCGUGUGCUAAACGAGGCCUGAACGAAGACCAACUUCAGACUCUCGCACAGAAACUUUUUGGAAAACAAGACAAUUAUGAGAACUGUAAAAUAUCCUGGACUCGAUUCAGCAAGGAGAACAUUCCUGGGCAGAACUUCACUCUGUGGGUUUGGCUGGAUGGAAUUCUGAACCUGGUGAAGGUUUACCUGGCCAAUUUGUGGGAGGAUGGGUCCAUCAUUGGUUUUGUGAGUAAAGGCACAGAAAAGGUUCUGCUGAAGAAGAAACAGGCUGGAACUUUCCUCCUACGCUUUAGUGAAAGCAUCAGAGACGGAGGAAUCACGUUCAGCUGGGUGGAUUACUCUAACACAGGUAAACCCAAUGUGAGGACUGUGCAGCCCUUCACCAUUACGGAUCUCAAGCAGAUUCCUUUGCCUGAGAUCCUUCGUAACUUUCAGCUCAUGGAGGCGGAGAACGCGCCCGUGUACCCGCUGCAGUACCUCUACCCCAACACCCCGAAAGACCAGGCGUUCGGCAAGUACUACAACGAGAAGAGCGGAGAAGAAAGCCCUUACAUUAAAUACAUUAGAACCAAGCUGGUCUUCGUUUCUAAAGAGAAUGGGUGUACGAGUGCGUCUGAAGGCCCAGCGCCUCAGCUGUGUGCUCAGCCCGCCGACCCUGCUUCUCCUCCUGAGAUGAGCGGAGACAUGAGCGGAGACAUGAGCGGAGACAUGAGCGGAGACAUGGGCGGAGACAUGGGCGGAGACAUGAGCGGAGAGAUGAGCGGAGACAUGAGCGGAGACAUGGGCAGAGACUUCAUGCUGCAAGGUCCAGAGCAAUCCCCGAUGCUCUCUGGCUAUGAUGACAGUUCCACUUCACCCAGCAGUGACCUGGAAACAGAGAGCUGCACUGUUUCAGGUGAAUUUUUAGAAACUCUGCACUUCAUCACAGAUCCUUUGGCAGAUAUUCCUAUGAAGAGCUUCCACACUUCUGGACUUUUACUGGACUUGUUCUCUGAGGACAUUUUUCAUAACAAUCCUAACCACCUGGAGGGUUUGCACAUUCAGGGGGAGUAGGACAAACCUUCAGCCUUCAUUAUUUUAUUGGCUUAAAUUCUCUCUCAAAAAUAAUCCUGUGCACUUUUCAGUACUUUUUACCUUCUAACGUUGUCCUGUGGUACGCUGUGUACGAGCUGCUGGGGCCAAACCACUGGGGUUAAAAAAUUCAGAUAUAAGAGUGUAUUUCAGUUAUUUUCCAUUAGAUGGUGCAGCUCAGAUCAGUAAAUAACCCGCAUUGAUAUCUUGAAGAGAAAUCUUCUAUGCUUGUGUAACCUAUAGGGAUGUGGGCGGAGCUAAAAGACAUUAGUUUGUAUUCGUUUAGUCCAGUUUUUGAUUAAAGUAGAUUAAAACGAAGUGAAACUGAGAGGUGAAGCUACAGAGGAGAAGAUGGACGACGUGCUCGGAGGUCACGAAGUUCUGCUGAUGACAUUGAUAACCGGAUCGUCUCAAACUAAUCCAGACCUCCACCUGCAGUCUACAGGCUCAUCGGGUGUGGUUUUAGACAAACGUUCGUUCGUUUGUAUCAUUAACUAGGGUUGCCAUGGUUACCACUAAAAAUAUCUGAAGCUAGCCCAAACAUUUGCCUUUCAUCAUUUGGGUUUAUCUUCUCUUUCUAAAAGCCCUAUUUCUGGUGUGUGGACAUCGUCCACUCAAGAACAGACCAUCACAGUCUGACCAUCUCGACGUUAACUCUCCUCCUGCUGAACUUGUUCCUCAGGUGGAUUCUUGAUCAGAUGUAGGUCUGUUAGCGUCUGUAGUUACUACACCUAGUGGCCAGAGGUGGGAACUGCACCAAGCACAAAGUGAGACAGAACACUUUCCGUGAACGAGAUCAAAUCAGCGGAACGUCAUUUAAUAUCUGUCAAAGAGCUAGAUUUUUUAAAAUGAUAUCUGACGCUAAAGAGGUGCAGCUCCACCACCAGCAUGUUACCACCAGUCAGGUUUGAAUCUCAUUAAAUGUGAGAUUUAAAAAAUCUCAACUUUUGUGUCCUGAACAAAGCACUAAAACCUUUACAUGAAGCAUGAAGGUUGUACAGUAGCAUCAUGUACAGCCUCUUGGUUGCUUAGUAACAGUAUAGUAACCUUAGUACCUUAUAUAGUAACCGUAACCAUAGUAACCAGACUGCACUGCGCUGCCAGAUGGAAUGGAAACGGAGGAACUGACAUGUGGCUGUGACGUGUCUCACAUUCACUUCUUAAAUAUCACAAUGUCAGGACUUUAGAGGCUGCACCGUCCUCCUGAUAUUUCUCUUUUCUCUCUCCGUCUUCUCUUGAUUACUUUCUUCUUCAUCCUCUUUCCUCUCUCUUGGUUUUUUCUUUAUUUAUGUUUUUCUUUCUCCAUCUCUUUCUGUCAUUUUUCAGUUUCUUUUAUGUUUCUUUCAUCUUCCUUUUUAUAUUUUGCUGCUUUUCUUUCUUUUAUUUCCCCCUUUCUCUAUCAUUUUUGUUGUUUUUUUUGUCAGUACUUUCUGUUUAAAUUGUUUUUUUUUAUUGUUAAAAAAUAAUAAUUACAUUUUAUUACUCACUCUCAUUCAUUCACUCAUUUUCUAUCGCUUAUCCGAACUACCUCGGGUCACGGGGAGCCUGUGCCUACUGUAUCUCAGGCGUCAUCGGGCAUCAAGGCAGGAUACACCCUGGACGGAGUGCCAACCCAUCACAGGGCACACACACACACACACACACACACACACUCUCUCUACAUUUUAUUAAUAAAAUAAAUAAAAUGUUUAUUUUUCCCCUUUAUUAUUUUAUCAUUUUGGUUUUUGAAAAUUGUACCUUUUUUCUCUCUCUUUUUUCUUUCAACUGUUUUAUUUCAUGUUGGGUUCUUUCUUUCUUUCUUUCUUUCUGCAGUAUUUUUUAAUGAAAAUCUAAAUCCUGUUUCAUCACAGUUUUCAUCACAGUUUCAUUAUUAAAAUUUAAGUAAAUUUAAUCUUUUAAAACCCGAAGAUUCAAAUUUCCUCACAGCAUAAAAUCCAGAUUUUUAUUUUAUUAUUAUUUCUUCCUAAUUCUUAUUUUUGAGCCUCGAUGUUCUCAAACCUGAACUGAAAGUGUUUCACUCUGCCUUCAGUUCAGCUCUGGACCUGAGUGUGGAAGUGAGAUCUCUGAGGUGAUUGAUGGAGGUUUUCAUCCUGGACUUUCAUUUCUAACAGAAAGAGAAAUUUGAGAAAUGUGACAUUUUGUCAAACAGAGCAGCACUUUAUAAAAUUUAUGCAUGAAAAGUACUGAAAGGCACAAAAUGAUAUAAUAUAAUAAGUCUGAUGAGUCUGAUGUCCUACUUCCGGUGAAUGUUUUCACUCUGCUAAUGCAAAUGCAACAAUAAUAAAGAACAAGUUAACUUCCUAAAGAACAAACCCGUCAAUGUCAUGCACUUCUGAUUUCAUGUCCAUUGUGUUUUAUUCCUCUUUGUGUCAGAGCCAGAGAUGUAGAGAUGCACAAAUACUGUACAUGUGUAGUCCUUUUAUUUUUAUUUUUUAAUAUCAUCUAAUGUUCUGAAUGAAGUUCUUCUCCAUGAAACCGUCUGUCUUUAUUUUCUGAGUGUAAAGAUAAAUCAGUAUGAAGUUUGUCCCUCAGUAAACAUGUAACCUUUGUAAGAAAUAA